AAGAAGAGACAGUUGGGGAUGUACCAUAGUGAUGAUAAUGGUGGUGGGGAGAAUUGGUGGCCGGUUGAUGACGAAUUGUUUACAGAGAAGAAGAAGAAGAAUAAAAGAAGUAGAAGUAGAGGUAGUGUUGGUAGUGUGGAUUGGUUAUGGGAUGGGCUUAGUGGUGAAUUGUGGAGAGCUCGCCGGAACAGUUAUGAUUCAUUCAGUGGGGAGAUUACUAAGAGUGGUGGUAUCAGCAGUACACCCAGUAUGAGAGGAACCGUUUGCUACAUUGCUCCUGAAUAUGGCGGUGGUGGGGAUCUAUCGGAGAAGGUCGAUGUUUACAGUUUUGGGGUUCUGCUGUUGGUUUUGAUAGCAGGGCGGCGACCCCUGCAGGUUACAGGCUCGCCUAUGUCGGAGUUUCAGCGGGCCAAUCUGAUUUCUUGGGCACGGCAUCUUGCGCGAACAGGAAAGCUCCUUGAUUUGGUUGACCAGAGUAUACAGUCUCUGAACAGGGAACAGGCUCUUUUGUGCAUCACGGUUGCAUUGCUUUGUUUGCAAAAGUCACCUGCUCGUCGGCCUUCCAUGAAGGAGGUUGUGGAGAUGCUCACUGGUGAGGCGGAGCCGCCUCAACUACCAACUGAAUUUUCCCCUUCACCACCAUCAAGAUUCCCAUUUAAGGCACGUAAGAAGGUCCGGUGAGGUGAGUUUUCAGUGCCCAGCGGUAAAUUUUCUCAAACAGUAGCUUACUGCUGUAAAUCAUUGUUUCGUCAUCUUUUCAGAUUGAUCGUUGUAAAGAAAUCAUAGUAAUUGUUCUUGUUUUCCCAUUUAAAAUUAAAUGGUCUUCAACUUUCUUUUACUUGCACUUUUGUUGAUAUUACUGGUUUGGUCUACAAGUUUAUUCAUAUAUAUUGAUCACUUAUUUGUUGCCUUUCUGUAUGAAAACUGUGAAGAUGCAAAUCAAGACACUGACCCCUCGGAUUUUCUCUCUACA